AUGGCUCUGGUCGACUAUUCCGACUCCGACAGCGACGAUUCCAACCACCCGGACUCGUCCCUGCCCCCGGCCAAGAAGCGAAGAGUCUCGGGGAGCGACCCCAAACUCCCUCCACUGCCUCCGGCGUUUCGUGAUCUGUACUCGUCGGCCGUCAGGACAAGCACCCAGGACGACCCAUCGCUGCAUGGGGGACGUAAACGCGUAACACCUCAUGUCGCGGGGAAUUGGCCGGCGCAUGUUUAUCUUGAGUGGAAUCCUGAGGAGGAAGAUUACAAGCUGCUUCGCCUGGCCGUUCGGGAUGUCCAGCAUGCUCUUGAAAAUGGCCUUGAAAACGUGCACAGCCUCUUGCAGAACGAUCUAGGUGUUCAAUUACCCCUGCACGUCUCUCUAUCACGGCCAUUGAGCCUGAAGACCGAACAGAAGAACACAUUUCUUAACCGUCUGAGAGCAGUCACAGCUGAGACCGCAGUGCGGGAAUUCGAUCUGUCGCCGGCGAAUUUGAUCUGGCAUCCCAAUGAGGACGCGACGAGAUGGUUCCUCGUCCUCAAGCUCGAGCGAACUGAGGGACGCGAAUUGCCAAGGCUUCUCCAGGCAUGCAAUCGUCUUGCCAAGGACUUCGGUCAGCCUCUGUUGUACGAAGAGGAUGAACCUACCAGAUCCAAGCCAUUGGAGGCUGAGCAGAAUGUCAAGGAUUCCGAAGCGUUCCAUGUCAGCAUUGCUUGGUCCUUACAACCUCCUACUUCACAGAGACUGGAGAAGACGGUUGGCUUGCAGCAGGCUGUGCCUGCAGAUCUUCGAAAGCGCAUUGGAAAGACCCGAAUCGACUUCGCGGAUGUGAAAGUUCGGGUUGGGCAAGAUGUCUCGAGCAUUGCUUUGCCCAAGCGACGUACACCGUAG